AUGCCUGCUGCACCUGCUUCUGGUUUGACCCGCACCAUCUACAACACCUUCUUCAAGAAGAACUCUGUCUUUGUUACCUCCAUCUUUGUUGGUGCCAUCGCCUUUGAGGUUGCCUUCGAUUCCACCUCCACCAAGGUUUGGGACCAUCUCAACAAGGGCAAACAAUGGAAGGAUAUCAAGGACAAGUACGUUUCCGAAUAA